CUAUAAAGAUCCCAUAAAUAUAUACUUUCUUUCCCGUUGCUCCCAUCGGCCCUCACAUUGUGUCUCCAUUUCUGCUCUAUUUCCAAGAGAAGAGAAGGUAAUGGAGCUUAACAAGUUCACCCUUCUCCUUAUUUCCUCUUCUCUCCUCCCAUUUUUGGCCGGGGCCAUUUUUGAGGCUCCAGGGAUUGCUGAUGCCCUAGGGCCGGCCAUGUCUUUCUUAUCUGAGGCAACCACCCGAUCCCCAUUGCCACCUCCAGUUGUCUCCCCCACCAUUCGAUCCCCAUUUCCGUCGCCAGUUUCCUCCCCACCACCGCCUGAGUCUCCAGCACAUUCAUCCUCCACACUGCCAUUACUAUCCAACAAUGCUGCACUGACGAAAAUAUGUGACGUAACCCGUUACCCAGCAGAAUGUCUUGCCACCAUUGCUCCUUCCCUAACUGGCGAAACCAAUCCCAUUUCAGUCCUUAAAAUCGGGAUACAUGCUCUCCAAAAGAGUUUUGAAGAGGCCACGGCUGUUGCCACAAAAAUACUCAACGAUCUCUCUACAACAGCAGCGGUUAAGGCCCCCCUUGACACAUGCGUUGAGUCUUUUGAUAAUGGAAUCGCUGUUCUCAAUGACGCUUUGACUGCAAUUUCCGCUCACGACAUAGGCAGGCUGAGCACUAAGCUAAGUGCCGCUUUGACAUAUUCUGACACAUGUGAGGAAGCAUUUGCCGAGCAACCAGACCUCGAAUCACCAUUGAAAGAGACGGAUCAGCAUCUGGAUAAGUUGGCUAGCAUCAACUUGGCCAUUUCUACAUCUCUCCAAUGGAGUUAAAUUAAUCGUUAGUUGUUCUGUCAUGUAUAUCAUGCUUUGUGUAGAGGAAUAUUCGAU